AUGAAGAUCUCACUUAAAUAUUUAGCUUUCUUCAUUCAAGCUGCUUUAGCUUCAUCUUCUUAUAUUGUUCAAAUUAAAAGUGAAUCAACUUUUGAAGAUUACUUACAACAAUCAAUAACUCAAUUAUUAGGUAUUAAACCAUCAAAUGAUUCUUCAAAAAUUGAAAUUGGUGAUUUUAAAGCAUUCGUUGCAGAUUUUGAAGAAUCUUUAUUAGAUAAGUUAAAAGGUGAUGCUUCUGUUCAUAAUGUUUAUCCAAAUGCUGAAAUCUCAAUCUUUGAUUCACAACCAUCAAACUCAAAUUUACAAAAAAGAUAUAGACAAGUUCUUGAACCUGAAUCUGAAUCAACAAAAUCCAAAUCAAGUUUCUCCAAAAGAGAUGGUGUCACCACACAAUCUAAUGCUCCAAGACAUUUAGCAAGAAUUUCAUCAAGAGAAGGUAUUUAUAACAAACAAGAACCUUUUGAAUAUAAAUAUAAAGAAACUGGUGAUGGUAUUACUGUUUAUGUUUUAGAUUCUGGUGUUGCUACUUUAAAUUCAGAAUUUGAAGGAAGAGCUAAAUUUGGUUAUAAUGCUGUUUUUGGCGAAUUAAAUGGUGAUUAUAAUGGUCAUGGUACCAACGUUGCAGGUCUUGUUGGUUCCAAAACUUAUGGUGUUGCUAAAGAUGCUAGUAUUAUUGAUGUUAAAGUUUUAAAUGGUCAAGGUAGAGGUUCUACUGAAGGUAUUUUGAAAGGUAUUGAAUGGGCUAAUAAUAAUAGAAAAAAGAAUAAUAUUAAAGGUAUUGCUAAUUUAUCACUUGGUGGUGGUUAUGUUGAUGCUUUAAAUGAAGCUGUUAAUGCAGCUUACAAAGAUGGUUUACCAGUUGUUGUUGCUUCUGGGAAUUCUAAUAUUGAUACUAAAAAUACUUCACCUGGUUCUGCAGAGAAUGUAAUCACAGUUGGUGCUUUAGAUGAUCAUACUGAUACUAUUGCCAUUUAUUCUAAUUGGGGACCAGAUGUUGAUAUUUUCGCUCCAGGUGCUUAUGUUGAAUCAGCUAGUAAUAACAUCUUUGCAUCUUCAGGUGGUCAAUGGUUUGGUACUUCCGAAUCAUCUCCAAUUGUUGCAGGUGUUGCAGCUCAAUUAUUGGAAAGUGGUGUUACUGUUGGUAACUUGAAAGAUGAAUUGAUUAAAUUAUCAACAAAGAAUGCUAUUUCUCAACAAACAUAUGAUAAUAAUAAAGAUUAUGCAAAUACUGUUAAUAGAAACUUAUACAAUGGUGUUGAAGAUACUGCUGAUAAGAUUGAUAAUCCAUCUACUGAACAACAAGAUGAUUCAUUACGUCAAUAUAUUGAAUAA